CGUGGCACCGGAGCGGCACGCGGAUCACAGUGUAGGACAUGGCUCAGACAGCAGGACUUGGACGGAAAUACUUGAAAGCAUUCGUGAGCGGAUUCUUUGUAGCCGUACCUGUCACAGUGACGGUGUUGGAUCGGCUCGCUUACGUGGCGCGGGUGGAAGGCGCGUCCAUGCAGCCCUCACUGAACCCUCAGGGAGCCUUGUCGUCUGACGUCGUACUUUUGAACCGCUGGAGCGUGAGGAACUAUGAGGUGCAGCGAGGGGAUAUCGUAUCAGUCGUGGUCGCAGGGGAACCUGGAGCCUAUCCCAGGGAGCAUCGGGCACAAGGCAGGGUACACCCUGGACAGGGUGCCAGUCCAUCGCAGGGCACAAUCAAGCUACACAUUUAAUAUGUAAAGUUGAUUUUGAAAAACAGAACAAAAUAGAAAUGUUCUUUCUCCUUUUAAAUGAGAGAUGAGAUAAUUCAUAAUGCAAUUUCAUGAAAAUCUAUUUUAUUUUAUUAUUUUUUUUAACGUAUUUGUUCUUUGAGAUACAAAUUAAAUAAUCUCUGUAUUUGCUCUGACAUAGACCAUCCCUAGAGUAAACCUCUUUAUAAAACCAUGGUUCUCAAAGUGGGGUCUAUGAAGCAUAACCCUAUGCAGUUUUCUAAUUUUAUUACAGCUGUGCAAAACACAACCCACCAUUAAUAAAGUUAUUAUGCUGUAAAUAAUGGUAACUAGAAUCUAAUGAGAAUUUUAUUAAAAAUGGGUUCUUUGGGUGAAAAGUCAAGAAAUGGAAAAAAAAACCCCACAAUUUUUUAGUAAAUAUUUUUGUACACAUUUAAAUGAUGUUUCUAAUGUUGAAAGACACCCUGACUGUAAAGCAUUUCAGAAUUGCUAUUAUAAAAAAAUAAAAUUACAUUAAAAAAAACAUUCCAGGUGAAAAUUGCUCAGAACUGUUUUUGGGGUUUUUUUCAUUAAAGAUUAUCAAGACAAUCAACAAGAAAUGUAAAAUAUUUCAAGCUAAAAAAUGUUAAUACUUGCUCU